UUUUAAUGAUCAGCUUCAUACUCUCACAGAACGCAGAAUGGGGGUAAUCAAAAAAAAAACUCCGACCUUCUCCCCAGCCCCCCACGCCAGCACCUCCCUGAGACUAAAACGAAGCCCUGGCAAUCCCGAGGCACGCCCGGGAGCUAUUUGGGGAGCGGCGAGGCGGAGGGUUACUAGCCGGAACUAUACGCGGUAACCCUCCGCUCGAGGCUUGUAGUCGUGGCGGCGACGCCUCGACCACCAGGGGGAGGAAUCGCGCCGCAGCCCGGGCCUUGUUUCACCCAACAAUGAGGGGCCGCCUGCCACUCUGGGGAUUGUAGUCUGAAGGUCGCGAUCUUGCGCGGUGCACGCCGGGAGUUGUAGUUCCAGGCAAGGAGGAGGGGAAGGCUUCUAAGCGCCAAUGAUGAGUUCUGGAAACUACACCUACCAGAGGGCCGCGAGCCCCGGAGUAGUCACCGGUUUCCGUCGAGUCGACUGUCUGGGAUACUCCUGAAGGGUCAACUUGACCGGACACCUCCGGUAUCUACCUGCACCCUUAACGCUCCCACUGUCACCUGGCGCCCUCGCUCCCGGCGCGCCUGGAGCCCCCGCCUGAGCCCAGGUCUGAGGCCCCAGCCUCCACCGCCCUACGCGGAGCGCUCACCGUGACCUCCCAGAAACCCGGGCUGCUCCAUCAAGUUCAGCACUGUCCAGGUUGUUUGUUUCAACUGGUGAUGAAAUGGGGGUGAACCAGUCCAUGAGCUUCCCACCUGUCACAGGACCCCACCAUGUAGGCUGCGGGGAUGUGAUGGAGGGCCAGGGUCUCGAGGGGAGCUUCUUUCGACUCUUCUACCCCUGCCAAGAGUCAGAGGAGACCACCGAGCAGCCUCUGUGGAUUCCCCGCUAUGAGUACUGCACUGGCCUGGCCAAUUACCUGCGGUUUAAUAAGCGCUGGGGCGGGCUGCUGUUCAGCUUGGCUAUGGGAUCGUGUCGCCUGCCUGUUAGCUGGAACGGCCCGUUUAAGGCAAAGGACUCUGGAUACCCCUUGAUCAUCUUCUCCCAUGGCAUGGGAGCCUUCAGGACGCUGUAUUCAGCCUUCUGCAUGGAGCUGGCCUCCCACGGCUUUGUGGUUGCUGUACCAGAACACAGGGAUGGGUCGGCUGCGACCACCUGUUUCUGCAAGCAGGCCCCGGAGGAGAGCCAGGCCACUAAUGAGUCGCUGGAGGAGGAAUGGAUCCCUCACCGACAAAUUGAAGAAGGGGAGAAGGAAUUCCAUGUCCGGAAUUGCCAGGUGUAUCAGAGGGUAAGCGAGUGUACUCGGGUGUUGAGGAUCCUGCAAGAGGUCACUGCUGGGCAGAUUGUUCUCAAUAUCUUGCCUGAUGGGUUGGAUCUGACGACUUUGAAGGGCAACAUCAACAUGAGCUGCGUGGCUGUGAUGGGACAUUCAUUUGGCGGGGCUACAGCUCUAUUGGCUUUGGCCAAGGAGACCCAAUUUCGGUGUGCUGUGGCUCUGGAUGCUUGGAUGUUUCCCCUGGAACAUGACUUUUACCCCAAAGCCAGAGGCCCUGUGUUCUUUAUCAAUGCUGAGAAAUUCCAAACAGUGGAGAGUGUCAACUUGAUGAAGAAGAUAUGUGCUCAACAUGAACAGUCCAGAAUCAUAACUGUCCUUGGUUCUGUUCAUCGGAGUCAAACUGAUUUUGCUUUUGUGGCUGGUAACUGGAUUGGUAAAUUCUUCUCCACUCAAACCCGUGGGAGCUUGGACCCCUAUGAAGGUCAAGAGAUUAUGGUGAGGGCCAUGCUGGCCUUCCUGCAAAAGCACCUUGACCUGAAAGAGGACUAUGACCAGUGGAACAGCCUCAUUGAAGGCAUCGGACCAUCGCUUACCCCAGGGGCCCCACACCAUCUGUCCAGCCUGUAGGCACAACCGGCCAUUUGUGAAAGGUCACUGGGCUGAGUUACCAUUUGGGGCCUGCACGGGGAUACCCGUAGCCUCCUAUCAAGAACUGGUUGAGAUGACCCUUCUUCACAGUUUGAGAGGAUGUAAUCACACUGCUGAUUGGAUAACUGGAUACUUUGAUCUUGGACUUGUUGAUUUUAAACUCAUGCUGAGACUUGGAUCACUUACUGAUUGGCAAACUGGCUUUCUGGGAACUGAACCCUGAUGGUGUGGGGAACAAACAGUGGGGUAGAGUUGGGGUGCCGGGUUUCUUCAAACCCCAAACUGAGCACUGUUAACUCAGUGGCCUACUCCCUCCCCUUGAGCCAGUGUGGCUUCUGGCGUGGAAGAAAUUAAGCCAAAGAGUUGAAGUAAAUUUCCUACCUUCGAGACCUUUAGCCCAGCCUAGCACUGUCUCUUCCUACCUCUCAGCCUUCUCCCUCCCGAGGGCCACUUGGUAAGUUCGGAGCACUUUAGGUAACUUUCUAGGAUAUGGACCACUAUCAGAUUUUCCAUUUGUUUUUAAGCCUUCUUGUUGCAAGAAACAUGGUCAGGCCUCAGACUUGUGAGCCCACAGAGGAGGCAGCAACAUUGUCCUCACAGCAUAAGGAGAGAAACAGAGGUCCAGAGUGGUAUUGUAGAAGCUCUGGAUGUCAUGGAGGUUUGCCAAAAGUGUAUCUUGACAAGAGUCAGCACAAGUUGGUGGAGGUGAAGAAGAUAGAUUAAUGCCGUUAAGUGGCCAUUUGAAUAAGCCCUCGCCACAAGAGGGAGGCAGUUUGGUAAGUUAGAAUUCAGGCAGCCACCCCUAGAGAUGUCUAGGAAUACUUUGGUCUUGCCUCUUACAUCAGAUAUCAUGAGCCUCCAACUUGCUCAGAAUCAGGGUACUAUAGUUGUCUGUUUUCCGGCUCUUAGGCCCUAGCCUCAAAUGUAAGUCAAGAUAUAGGCUGAAUUUCCAUUCUGUUCCAUUUAUAAUACGAAUGAUAUUAAUACUCAUGUUUGCCUAAUGAUAUGUUGGAAUAUUUUCUUUAUUUAAUCUGCAUUAGAGCAAGAUGGCGAGCCAUCUGGAAGUAACUUUUCCUUCUGUCUUUCUUUGUUCGCUUACCACUUAUGCCCAUGUGGGAAAAAAAAAAAAAACUUUAAAAGGAAAGGAAAUCUUCCUAGGGAUCUAACUCAAA